AUGUGGAACAACUCACCUCAAUUCCCUCCGCAACAGGGCCCUUCACCUUACAACUACCGGUAUUCUACCAUGAGCGAUCAGAUGUCUGUAUCGAGCGUCAACACCGGUGUUAUGAGCCAUCAUGCUCAAAACACCAACGGCAAUAGCUACCACUCCCAGUUCAACAACAACCGCAACGACUACAAUUCCCCGCCUCAGGCCCACCCCAACCACGGCGGCUAUAUCUCUUCUCAGAGUCAAAAUCCCCAUACCAACUCCUAUCGACAAUCUUUCUCUCCCAAUCCACAACCUCACCCACAAACACCCUCGUCCCCCCACCCCCAAUCCCUGACCGGUAUCCUUCUCAACUCCUCUCCCCAAUCCUUUACCCAAGCCACUCAACACCCCUUCCUCCGCCACGCUGGCCUCGGAACACUCCCCAAACCCGCUCUUUCCCGCUGGCUCUCCCAAGAUCGCCUCUACGCCCAAUCCUAUAUCGGCUUCAUCGGGGCCCUGAUCUCCCGCGUCGAUUUGCCCUAUGUCAUGAUCCACGACCACUCGACGUCCCUCCGCUGGCGCAUCGUCAGCAUGCUCUCUUCCGCCCUGAGCAACAUCCACCGGGAGCUCGAAUUCUUCACGAACACGGCCCACAAGUACUCUCUCGCCCUCGACGCCCCAAGUCGGGCAGAUGGCGUUUUCACAGCCGAACCGGCCACGAAGCAGUACAUUGACCUGUUCCGCGCGUUCGGUACAGAUCCGAGCAUGAGCUUGCUCGAGGGUCUCGUCGUCCUCUGGGCCACUGAGACUGUGUACCUGAGCGCAUGGAGCUAUGCGAGUUCAUUCAUCAAUGCCCCUGAGGCGCAACAGUCGAGAAGUUUGAGUCCCAGGUCCGAGUCGGGCGUGAGUCAGAUACAAUCGCCGCCACAAUUACAACACCAUCCCCGAGCCCAGUCUGGAUCUGGUAGUCCGGGAAAUGGGAACGGAAGUGGGAACGGCACUCCACCACCGACAACGAACCCGCAUUCCGUGGAUCUGGACGGCGGUGCCCUUCGCAACGCGUUCAUUCCAAACUGGACGAGUUCCGAAUUUGAAGCCUUUGUCGCAGAAAUUGCCGAAUUGACCGAUCUCCUGGCCGAGCGCGAGGAUGCGGUCGCGAGGAAGCUUGACGUGUACAAGGCAGUCUGGAGACAUAUUUUGGAUAUUGAAAGGAGGUUUUGGCCUGCUGUUGAAGGAGGGUAA